AUGGCCUCCCCCACCGCGGCCAAAGAGCCCCAGCCCGCCGUCGAUUUCCUCCAUCACCCUUACACCCGUGCUGCUCUUCCCUUCGUGAAUGGUGGCCUGGCCGGCAUGACCGCCACGGUCGUGAUCCAGCCCAUCGACAUGAUCAAAGUCCGUUUGCAGCUCGCCGGUGAAGGUGUGCGCACCGGUCCCCGCCCGUCUGCCUUUGGCGUGGCCCGCGACAUCAUUGCCUCAGGCAAAGCACUUGAUCUGUACACCGGUCUGUCGGCUGGACUGCUGCGCCAGGCCGUUUACACUACCGCCCGCCUGGGUUUCUUCGACACCUUCAGCAAGACUCUCAACAAGCGUGCCGAAGCCGCCAACCGCAGCGUCACCUUCGCCGAACGUGCCGGUGCCGGUCUAGCUGCCGGAGGUAUUGCCGCCAUGAUUGGCAACCCGGCCGAUCUGGCACUGGUGCGUAUGCAGUCAGACGGUCUCAAACCUCCCGAGGCGCGGGCCAACUACCGCUCCGUCAUGGACGCGCUCUUCCGCAUCUCCAAGCACGAAGGUGUCCCGGCUCUGUGGGCUGGUGCUUUCCCUACCGUCAUCCGUGCCAUGGCGCUCAACGUCGGCCAGUUGACCUUCUUUGCCGAGUCCAAGGCGCAGCUGAAGAAGCACACUAGCCUGUCGACUCAGAACCAGACCUUUGCCGCGUCCGCUAUCGCGGGAUUCUUUGCCAGUUUCCUCUCCCUGCCUUUCGACUUUGUCAAGACUCGCCUGCAGAAGCAGCAGAAGGAUCCGAAGACCGGUCGGCUCCCCUACAAGGGCGUCUUGGAUUGCGCGCGCAAGGUCGUCCAGGAGGAGGGCUGGUUGCGGUUCUACCGCGGUUUCGGAACGUACUAUGUGCGGAUCGCUCCUCAUGCGUUAGUGUCCCCACCAUUUUCUAUCAGACUAGUGCCCUUGGCUAACCCCAGACCCACAGGAUGGUGA